AUGGCUAAGUUCAAGAAGGUGUUGAUGAAUGAGUUUGAGAUAACUGAUAUAGGAAAUAUGACAUAUUUCCUACGGAUGGAGUUUAUGUACUAUGAGAAGGGUAUCAUUUUGCAUCAACUGAAAUAUGAACUUGAGCUUCUGAAGAGAUUCGAGCUGCUAAAUUGUAAGACUGCUGCCACACCGUCAGAAACAAAUCACAAAUUGGAUUCGGAUUCUGAAGAUGGUGACGUAGAUGCCACAACUUUUAAGAAAUUGGUUGGAUCUCUUAGGUAUUUGUAUAAUACCAGACCUGACAUUUGUUAUGCAGUUGGAAUGGUUAGUAGGUUCAUAAGUAAACCGAAAUGGUCUCAUUACCAAUCCGCUGUCAGGAUUCUGAGGUAUAUUAAGGGGACUCUGGAGUAUGGAGUUUUGUUCUCUUCUGGUGAAAAGGCUAAUUCAGAGUUGAUGUGCUACUCAGACUCUAAUUGGUGCUAUGGUUGCAUGUCAAGCUGUUUGACUUCUGAAUUUACUGCAGGAUCUAAAGAUCAAGGUAGACAAGCCUCUAAAGCUGAUGAUUGA